UAAGAUAGGAUUCAAACCAGCGAAGUGGAAUCCCUGUGAUGCCCAGUGAUGAGAGGGCAGACAGGAGGAUCUGAUGAUUGACAGUGUCAAAAGCACCAGAUGGAACCAGCAGAAUAAGAUGUCAGAUGAUUAUCAAAUGAGUUGGUAUGGGAUCAAGUAAACAUGGAAGAGUUAGAUUUGUAAAUGAGAUGGGAAAGUUCUAGUUCAGAUGGCAAGGCAAAAAAAAGAAAGAAGAGUAAGAGGGCAAUCAGUUGAGACACUGUAUAAUGAAUUACAAUAUGGGUUAGCCAAGGAAGCUAGCUGCCGGUGGAUAGCACUUAUUUUGUCACUGAAAAAAUACAUAAAUUCAUCAGUGCAGUAGAGAUGUGCAGAAAGGCUGUCAGGUGGUUUCAGAAUACGAUUUACAAUGAAGAACAAUGCUGUAGUAUAACUAUCUCCAGUAUGUAAAUAAUCAGCAUAUUAACAAACAAAAAUAAAAUAAAAAAGUGAAAAAGAGUGAAAUGUUGAUUUUAUCAGCUUAAAAAAACAAGUAAAUAAUAUUGAAUAACUAAAAUAAGACAGUUUUAAUAUUCAAAACUAAUGUUUGUUUAUCUAGCAGCUUUUUUUAACUAAUGAUAUAGUACCUGCUUAUUUACAUUAUUAGUUUAGUUAUCAUUUAUGCAAUAAAUACUUUCCUCAAUUAUAUAUAUCUGCUCUUGAAGUUGAAGGGGGAAAUUUUAAUACACACACAUAAAUGUUUUUCCACCAAGAUUUCAAAUACGAAUACCUUCGAUAUAUGUUUUAUUUGUGUUUCCAAUCUGUGCACAAUGUCUCUGCACCUGUGUGAUUUUAGACAGCAGCGUGUGAAAAUUACUUUUAUUUUGGGUGACGAUGUGACGUCAUACGUCAGCGCCGCUCUCCUGCAUCUGUUGUGAUUCGGUUGGAAAAAGAAAACACCCUGAUGAAGCAACUGAGAUCCAUGUGACACUAUUAUAAAGAUGGCAUUUAUUAAGGAGGAGAGUGAAGACAUGAGGAUUGAAGAAGCAUUCAAAGUCAAACACGAAGAUACUGAGGAACAAACAGAUCUGAUGGUGUUGAAAGAGGAGACAAGAGACCAAUGUUUCAUAACUGGAGAAAAAUCAAAUAGCUGCUUACAGACUGGAAAGACUUCCUCACAAAAAAGAACUCAAAAGACAAAAACUAAAAGUUUCACCUGCCAACAAUGUGGGAGAAGUUUCAACCGAAAAGGAAACCUUAAUUACCACAUGAGAAUUCACACUGGAGAGAAGCCUUACACAUGUCCUCAAUGUGGGAUAAGUUUUAUUCAAGGAGUAAUGCUUAAAAGGCACAUUAGAACUCACACUGGAGAGAAGCCUUUCACCUGCAAACUGUGUGGAAAAAGUUUCAUUCGAAAAGGAUGCCUUAAAAGUCACAUGAGAACUCAUACUGGAGAGCAGCCUUACACAUGCCCUCAGUGUGAAAGGAGUUUUGCACAUAAACAGACUCUUAAUGCCCACAUUAGAAUUCACAGUGGAGAGAAGCCUUACACCUGCCAACAGUGUGGAAAGAGUUUCUCUGAAAAUGGAAACCUUAAAGUCCACAUGAGGAUUCACACUGGAGAGAAGCCUUUUACCUGCCAACAGUGUGGAAAGAGUUUCAAUCAAAAAGGAAACUUUAAAGUCCACAUGAAAAUUCACAGUGUAGAAAAGCCUGAAAACUGUGUGGAAAGAGCUUCACAGCAGAACUAAUCACUACAGUGCGUUCACACCGUCGCAGGCAAGAGCGUCAAAGUGGCUGGAAAUCAUUCAUUUUCAAUGUGAGCCGGUGUUAUGGAUCAACUGGGGAUCGUGUUAACUGGGGAUGUGCGCGUGCAUGUGAGCUAUUUUACGUCCCAUUCCAACAGAUUCGUCAAAAGCGACCGCAAAGCUGUAAUGAAAAGACGUUGGUACAUUCUUAAUGUUAUUAAUAAAUGUUGGUGCAAUUCUUAUGCUGUGUUGUUUCCUCAAUACCUGUUUUAAUGCAUGUGACAGUUUAAGUGUCAUUUUAAUAUGAUUUCAUGUGGUGAUAUGGACUUUAACACAAUCUUUUUUGAUUUAUUUGGCUAGAUAUCAUAUAAACAUUGACACUGGAGAGAAGCCAUUCAGAUGUGAUCGGUAUGAAAUAUGUUUCACACAUAAAAAUAACUAUUUAAAGGGUUAGUUCAACCAAAAAUGAAAAUUCUGUCAUUAAUUACUCACCCUCAUGUCAUUCCAAACCUGUAAGACAUUCGUUCAUCUUUGGAACACAAGUUAAGAUAUUUCUGAUGAAAUCCAUGAGCUUUCCGACUAGCUUUCUAUGCUGUCACACUUACAGAUACACCUGAAGAAUCAAGCCCAGGGGCCUCAAACUUAAUUCCUGGUGGCCCGGAGCCCCGCAGAGUUUAGAUUCAGCCCUAAUUAAAUGCACCUUGUCCAACAAAUCAAGUCA